AUGUCCGAUAACAACCCCCAUCAUCCUGGGGUACGCAGCUUGUUAGCCAAGUUUGAAGGCCAAAGCCCCAUCGCCUCUCCCCCGCCUCGUGGCCGAUCCCCAACGGCGUCAGACUCGUCAGGAACAGUUCGCCAGCUGUCCAAGGUCCGGGCUAGCUUUAUCACCGUAGACGGGGUCAUUCAGUCGAAUCCUUCUUCGCCAUUGAGGAAAACAAGUGGCCGCAGCGAUAGUCCUGGAAUGUUUGGACCGAAGAUCAAUUCCGGGGAUGCGGAGUCUGGACGGCAGAGUACGAUCUCCCCCACCCCGCUCAGUCGCCUAGACCACACACAGAACGCGACUCUGGGACAGAUAAUGGCUGCCGGCCGACCGGAGGAAGCCAAGAGUGAACGGAAUCAGACUAGCAAGGAGGAAUUCGCAACGCGCACUGAGACUGAAUCUCGGUCGCGAAACACCCCACCAAAGCAGACAGAGGAGUCCACCUCCGCGGAUUCCAAGUCGACAAGCUCCGACACUCCCUCGCAAAAGUCAGAUUCGUCAGUAGUGAUCAAGAAGAAGCCUUCUUCCGUUGGAUCUGCCCGCAGUGCAGCGAGCAAGUCCGUGCCAACUACUGCAACUUCAACUAAUACGAAAUCUGCUGGUCAUAAUACAAGCUCCAAGCCCACGGCUCGCGAAGUGGCUAAAGAGCGUGCCAACUCUCUAGUCCACAAACCCAGUCGUGUCUCACUGAAUCCCAAGACGACAGCACGGCCAACCCGCGGCUCAGCAACGGCACAAGAUACUUCAAAGCCACAUGCUGCAGGUGUAUCCAGCAAGCCAGGAGUGAAAUCCCCACCGAGACCUACCCGUGUACCUGGCUCGGUGACUACCUCAACGCAUGCACCUGCUGCUAAGGUAGGAAGCACAGGGGCUCCGAGCACUCGCACUACUACUAGUGCAUCAACCCUCACAAGAAAACCUUCAUCCCUGAAAAGCGCAACUGGAGCUCAGCCGCGUGCCACUACUCCUAGUACCAGCAUUCGCCGACAAUCUUCUCGCCCUUCGUUGCCCGCUCACGCAGCUAAUGACACAAGCGCUAAGCCUGUCAAUGAGGGUUUCCUUGCGAGAAUGAUGCGGCCUACUGCUAGCUCUGCGAACAAGUCCCAUCCCCAGGAGAAGACUGAUGCAAAGCCUGUCACCAAGGCCGCCAAUGUCUCCAAGGCCCCCAGGCCAUCAAUUGGGAGGGUGCCAGAUCGUGGCGUCCACCAGGUGAAGCCUAAGAGCACUGCUCUUCGACCUCAGAGUCAGAAAUCCCAGCCUCUGAACAAGGAGCCUGCGCCACAGAAAGAUGGACAUAAGUCGUCCCAAAAGAAACAGGAAAGUGAGAAAGAGAACGUCGUGGAGCCUACAUCAGUGGAACCAACCCCUGUUGCGGCUGUGGAACUACCCGAAGCUGCUUCCAAGCCGGUCGAGGAGACCGCUUCCCCUACUCAGGUUGAAGAAUCUACCCCUGAAGUUGCCAUCGCAUCUGCUGAGCCAACCGAGAAGGCAAUUGAAGUGCCUGAGCCGAUCAUCGAGGAGACAGUGGCCGAGAGCUCCAACCCCGUCCCGGUCGAAGAUGCUACUGAGGUACCAGCUAAGCCUACUGAUUCCAAUGAAGCCCAGGCUAAGGUGGAUGCCCCUGUCGACUCCCUUAUUGACCCCAUCGCUGAGGCUGCUGAGGAAGAGAAGGCUGCUGGAACCACUGCACCUGAGGAGACUGCCGCAGAGUAUGUGGAAAUCGCAACGGCUGAUGAUCAAGUGAAGGUCGAUGAGAAGCAAGAGAUCUCGAUCCCCGAACCAGAGGUGCUCGGGACUCCUCAAUCAACAGAGGCCCAGGACGUGGCUUCCGAAAAAGAAGAUGCUGUGCCAGUGAAGGAGGUUAUUGUCUCUGAAACUUUGGCACAGGAGAACCACACAGAGGCCAAGUCGAUUGAAGAGCCUACCCCUGAUGCGCAGCCUGCAACUGAAGCUGAGUCGAGCAACGUCGCUAUCGAUAUUGCCAGCUUGGCAUUGAACUAG